UCCGGGUACGCGUACGGUACAGGUAAUUACGGUUCGGGAUCUGUAGCUUCGCUGGUCGGUGUCUUGUCAUGCAAACAGACCGCUGAUUUCCCGUAUUCCCAGCGACAAUAUUGGACUGUUCUGCUCAAGUUGCUGAGAUAAAACGACUUGAAGUGAUUCACUCGAACAGUUGGUGAUAUUUUGUCUACGUGUUUCGGAAUAUUUAUGUUGGAAAAUAUGACGGAAAGUCCGGUUGUCAUGUCUCCAGGUCCAGUUGACGUUGAAUAUUCUGCUGCGGGGCUGCAAGAUCACCAGGAAUAUGCUGCUAUCGACGCCCAGCUUCACCCCGACUUGACAGAUAAUGAGCUGAAAUUAUUGCAGGAUAUCCGGAGGGCAAAACAGCAGCUCCUCAAAGAAAUAAAGGAACUAGAGGAAGAGAUUGCCAAUGUCAAUGCUGACUUGGAGAGUAUGGACUAUGAUGAGAGAACGGAUGCAAAAACCCGACAGAUGAACACUGGGAGAACCAGGUUCAAUAUGGAUCCCAAAAAGGGCAUAGAGUACUUGAUACAGAACAAUCUUCUGAAGGAGACACCAGAGGAGGUUGCACAGUUCCUUUACAAAGGAGAAGGUCUUAAUAAGACAGCGAUAGGAGACUACUUAGGAGAUAGGAAAGACUUCAAUAUAGAGGUACUGGAAUCGUUUGUAGCUCUCCAUGAGUUUAAAGACAUGAUCCUCGUACAGGCACUAAGGCAAUUCCUGUGGAGUUUCCGUCUGCCUGGGGAAGCUCAGAAGAUUGAUCGUAUGAUGGAAUGCUUUGCAAAGCGUUACUGUGAAACCAACCCUGGGGUCUUUGAAUCAACAGAUACAUGCUAUGUGUUAUCGUUUGCCAUCAUCAUGUUGAACACCAGUCUACACAACCCCAAUGUCAAGGACAAACCUACACUAGAAAGGUUUAUCCACAUGAACAGAGGGAUUAACGAGGGAGGUGAUUUACCUGAAGAACUUCUCAAGAGCUUAUAUGAGAGCAUAAAGAACGAACCUUUCAAGAUCCCGGAGGAUGAUGGGAAUGAUUUGACGCACACCUUCUUCAAUCCCGACAAAGAGGGCUGGUUAAUGAAGCAAGGAGGUGGGCGAUAUAAGACAUGGAAGAGACGAUGGUUCAUCUUGACUGACAACUGCCUCUAUUAUUUUGAAUUCACAACAGAUCGUGAACCAAAGGGUAUCAUUCCGCUAGAGAAUCUUCAAGUUCAGGAAGUAGAAGAUAACAAAAAAGCACAAUGUUUUGAGCUGGUGACAACAAAUAAGAGCGUGAUCAAGGCAGCAAAGACACACGGAGAUGGCAGGGUGGUAGAAGGUAGACACACGUCAUAUCGUAUGUCGGCAACAACGGAUGAAGAAAAGAAAGAAUGGAUACAUGCACUGCAGGCCAGUAUCAGUCGAGAUCCAUUCUAUGAGAUGCUUGAAGCCCGAAAGAAGAAGGCAUCACACAAGGCGGAAACAUGAGCAACAGCUAACGAGAGACAACCGUCUAUGUAGGAUAGGAACCAAGCCAAUAUUAUCCCGGAUGGAGAGAGAAAGGAGCUCAAAAUGGAAUAGUUCAUUUUCCCCCUACUCCCGAAAAAACUGAAAACUGACCAAGUUUGACCAGCUUCCAAGCUGUUGUAUCAUCAGUUUAAGAAAAAAAUCAACGAUGCCACUUUUCAGACUAAGUCCACAUUUAGAAUUUUUAAACACAUUUUGGCCAUACAAAACACCUUUUUCAUAUAGGAAAGGGGUCAUUAGAGAUGAUUUUCAGACUUUUUAAAAUGAAUUCUUAGUGACACCCCUGAGAAUAUGAUGGAUACACGCUUCAUCAACUGAUUUUUUUUAGUCUUGCACCCCCCCCCCCUGGUUUAUCAAUUCACACUUUGCCACCAGACUGUCUGAUUGAAUCCCUUUCUUACAAUGCUAAUACCCUGUCCCCCCAAAUAAAAUAGUGUUUGCGAAACAUAGAAAACACUUUAAGCACUACUCUUUUUUGUUGCCUUGGACUUGCAGCUUAGGAUGAAUAACAGCACAUAUAUCUCCACAUAAAAAACAAAA